AUGAUGCAGCCCAAACUGCAAAAAUGUGAAAACAGACGCAGGCGGGUGGUGAACUCUCCUCCAGACUCUCCUCCAGGUCCAGGGAGUGUCUCUUUGUGUGUGUGUGUGUGUGUGUCAUUGUGUGUGGACUUGGUGGACCUGGUGGACUUGGGGGACCUGGUGGACUCGGUGGACCUGGUGGACUCGGUGGACUUGGUGGACCUGGUGAACUUGGUGGACUUGGUGGACCUGGUGGACUUGGUGGACCUGGUGGACUCGGUGGACCUGGUGGACUUGGUGGACCUGGUGGACUUGGUAGACCUGGUGGACUUGGUGGACUUGGAGGACUUGGAGGACCUGGUGGACUUGGUGAACUUGGUGGACCUGAUGGACUUGGUGAACCUGGUGGACAUGGUGAACUUGGUGGACCUGGUGGACCUGGUGGACUUGGUGGACUUGCUGGACCUGGUGGACCUGGUGGACUUGGUGGACCUGGUUGGUGGACUUGCUGGACCUGGUGGACUUGCUGGACCUGGUGGACUUGGUGGACUUGGUGGACUUGGUGGACUUGCUGGACCUGGUGGACUUGGUGGACCUGGUGGACUUGGUGGACUUGCUGGACCUGGUGGACUUGCUGGACCUGGUGGACCUGGUGGACUUGGGGGACCUGGUGGACUUGGUGGACCUGGUGGACCUGGUGGACCUGGAGUGUUGUGCCUCUCGCUCUCUCAGCUGGCAGCGUCGCCGCGGCGCCCGAGCAUCGCUCACUCCGGCUCCACGUCGCCAUGGCAACCCUCCUCUCUGCUGCUGCAUCCGUCUCCGCUGGCGACGGUCCACCAGCUGCCGCACGUCGUGAGUUCCAUGUCUCACCUGGAGAUGGAGCUGGGGUCAGACGACGGGCCUCUGCAGGAGCUGCCCUUCACCCCCGUCCACGCCCCCCUGCUCAACCUGGGGGUCAGCGCACACAGCUCCGGCGCGGUCAGCUCGCGUCGCGCUCUCGCCCGCCUCACUUCUGCCGGGUUCUCGGAGGUGUUGGACUACAGGGGGCAUCCGGCCGAGACCCUGGACCCCACGGAGCCUACGACCUUUGACCCUCAGCGGGAGGAGAACGACCCCCUGCAGGGAAACCUGCUCCUGCUGCAGUUCCAGGGCUUCACCAGGGUCCCGGAGUCCGGACUGGCCCCGGACUGGCCCCGCAGCGUCUACUUCACCUUUCAGCUGUACAGGUUUCCCCCGGUGACCACGCAGCCCCUCACCCUGCUCCCCGACCAAUCGCAGCCCGCCGCCCGGCAGAACGACCAAUCGCAGAGCCGAGCCGAGUCCCUCUGCCUCCUCGCCACCGCCAACCGAGACGGAUCCACCAACUCAGGUUCUCCGGGUCUGGAGCUGCAGUUCCGGGUGGACCGCUCCGUCCUGAGGCCCGGCGAGCAGAGCUGGUUCUGGAGGUACCUGGGCGUCCACAGUCUGCAGGUGGACGUGUGGGACGGCGAGUCUCUGCUGCUGCUCGGCUCCAGCGCUCUGCCCCUCAAGUGUCUGCUGCGUCAGGGGAGGGCGGCGGUCCAGACGCUGCACGAGCUCGACGUCCUGACCACAGACUACGUGGGAGAAGAGCCGCAGGGGCCGAGCGAAGACCGGGGCCCCGACUGGUCCCUCAGCGUCCACACCGUGCUCCGGGGCCGACUGCACGUCCGCACCGCAAAUAUAGGUUGCCACGUCCAGCCCGACCAGCAGAGGGCGCUAGACUCGGCCCCGUCUCGCGUCGUCGUGCCCCGAGAGGUGACGGGCGGCUUCAGGGGAGGAAGUCUGUGUCCUCGCAAUGUCCAGCAGCUCAACGACAGGAACAGCGCUCAGGCUCAGAGGCUCCAGGUCGAUCGUCCAAUCAGAGCGAACCUCCUCAGACCCCAGCAGAGCGAGGAGGGCCGCCGGAAGCUGAGCUGCAUGGCCGCCGUGCACCGCAGAGAGGGCACCGAGCACACGCACACGCCUCAGGUCACGGAGUACCUCGCUGCGCCCGAGCCUGGGGUGGAGCAGAGCAAAGCCGAGGGCAUCGCCCACAUGCUGAGCCGGGCCAUCACCACGGAGUACCCGCUCUUCUGCAGCCUGGGCACCGCGGAGUACCUCGAGUACGUGCUGAGGAACCCGUUCACCACCGCGCACACCGUGACCAUCACCAGCGACCACCCCGAGCUCAGUGUGAUCACCAGUUCUGAGGAGUGGAGCUUCUUCCGAUCGCUGCACCACACGUCCAGCCCCGUGGAGGAGAACAUGUUCCACCUGCAGCCGGGGGCCCCGGGGCCCCAGGUCUACCUGAGGCCCAAAGAGAGUCUGCACAUCCCCCUCAAGUACCAGAGCUUCCAGAACCACCACAGCUCCUCCCCUCAAGUGACCUUCAGCACUGAGGACGGGAAGCCUCUGUCCAUCCUCCAGGUGAUCGUGCAGCCCACUCCUCACGUGGUGGACCAGACCUUCAGACUGUACCACCCCGAGCAGACCUUCCUGAAGAAAUCCAUCCGCCUGCCGCCCGGGGACCAGCCUCCAGAUGGAAAGCUGAGGGACGGGGCGCAGCUGACGGUCCACUGCAGUGACCCGGACGUCGUGUGUCAGACCCGGAAAACGGUUCCUGGAGACCCUCAUGACGUUUACCUGAAAGUCCCCGGCAGCCCGAGUCCUCACGUGCGAAUGUUCUACAUCAUGAUUUACACGUACGUGGAGCCGGCGGGCGUCUUCGUGCUUCCUCCUGCCGCCGUCCAGGAGGUCCAGGUGAAGGUUCAGCCGUGGAGGUCGGGGAGGCGUUUCUUCUUCUUGAGCGCCGUGGACGUGGAGCAGAAGCGUCUGGUCGGCGGGUGGCUCCUGUGCCUCCAGGUGCACCGGCCCGUCAUCUCCAAGGCGUUUGAGGUGAACGUUCCGGUGGGAGAAGGUCGAGGAAGCUCCAGGAAGAUCAGCUACACCAACCCCUACAGCAGCUCCCGAACCCUGCUGCUCCGAUCAGACCAGCCCCACCUGCUGCAGUUCAGAGAGGAACGCUUCCAGAUUGGGGGCGGGGACACGUACAGCAUCGGGCUGCGCUUCGCCCCGACUCAGCGACCUGCAGCUGUGGAGAUCCUGGUGUUCGUGAACGACCUGCAGGAGAAAACCGAGGAGGCCUUCUGCGUCAGGGUCAACUACACCUGAUGCCCUCCCACGACCGGACUUCCUCUGGACCUGCACCGAGUCGAGCCUCAGGUCAAAAAGGCCAAGUUGUUGGUGCUGUUGCUUUAGAGCAGAUGUGUUUAAAGCUGCAUUGUGUCACUUUUCUGGUCGGUCAAACGCUUUUUCUCUCUGUAGAUGUUGUUGUCGCUUGGUUUGGAAUGUUCCACACUACGGCAUUAAACCUUUUUCCAAAUCAGACCAAGUUUCCAGGUCAGAUCUGUGUCAGAAUGUUUGUUUUUCGAGGUAUUUUUGAGCGAUAAAACCACCUGUAAUUGAUAAAAUGUAAAGUAGAGCUGUUUAAAGUCACACUGUGGAACAUUCCCAGCUGAUCAAUGACAAACCCCCAAACAAAAAAGAUACACAAUGCACCUUAAAAAAAAAAAAAAAAGAAACUUAGAGUUACGUUACCAAAGUAAGAAUUCAGGAAUUGUAAACUUGUGUUACAGAUUUUAAAAUGUAAAAAAAAAAAAAGUUGGUUCUUUGUUCGUUGUUUCUAUUAAUAAAGUUUUUUUGCUUUGUUUA